UUAGCAGAAAUUUAUCCCAUUGUCAGAUAAAUAAUCAUGGGUAAGGGUAAUAAACAUAUGAAACGUUUAAAAUCUGAAAAGGCCAAAGUAAAACUAAAAGCAAAAAAGACCAGAAAUUUGCCGAAAGGAUUGAAUGUCACUGAUCCAUCGUUUAAAGUUAAAAAGAUCGUUAUUCGAGAACAAUUAAAACAACGGGAUGAAACAGAGAUUCUUAGCAAAAGAAAGCUCAAUGUGAAAGAGCUGUUAUCACGUCUUCAACAUCAUAAUUCAACAGUCCGACAAGAUGCUGUGAAAGAACUGAAAGAACUUUUAUCAGAGCAUUCAUUAAAAUUAUUAAGUUCACAGUUUGGAAUUUUGUUGCAAGGCAUUUGUGCAUUGUCCCUUGAUAAAGAGAAAGAUAUAAGACACGAUUCUUUAAAAGUUUUAAGUCUAAUUCUUGGUCCAAUUUCUAAUGAUCAACUUAAUCCAUAUUGUGAUGUUUUAAUCUCAUAUUUGAGAUGUGCCAUGACACACAUAGAUACACGCAUCAAAGAGGAUUCUCUACUUUUUUGGGAUGUACUGGUGCAGAACUGUAGCACUAUUUUGGCAAGAAACAGUUACAAAAUAUUGCCAAACUUUUUAGACAUGAUUUCUAGAUUACAUACUGAAAUAAGACCUGGAAGGCAAUUAGUUACUACUUUAAACUCUAAAAACACUAAUGUUAGAUGGAGAAUAAGAGUGUUGGAAAGGCUUGCUACUAUGUUCAGCUCUAUUGUUAACUUUUUUAAAUCUCAACAAACUGUUAACUCAAAUGUGCCUGCACAAGUUAUACAUGUAGAUAAAACUACUGGAUAUAUUCCCAUUUACAUGAAUGCUAAUUUUCAACACUGUGACAUUGAUUUUGAACAAGAUGACAAUUCGAAGGAGAAUACUGCUGAAACAAGUUUAGAGGCUGAGGAACUUAUGAAAUACAUAGAACUGUUAAUGCCACUUAUAUUUGAUAGUUGGAUCGAAGUGUGCCCGGAUGAGAAACAUACAGAUAAUUCUGCCCUUUUAAUUUCAACAGAAGCUUCUGAAUUAUUAAAAAGCAUUGUAGAAAUAAUACAAUUAAUAACUGAAUGUAUAGACAUAUUACAUACAGAAUGCGAUGUAAACAUGAAAUUUUGGUUUAAAAGUAAUUUUCAGAAUAAUUAUGUAAAAAGUUUGCUUUCGAAAUUUCCAUAUGGCAAAUUAGGGAUAACUAGAAGAUACGUGCCUUCUGUAAGAAAAGGAAAACGUCAAGCAGACUUUUCUUUAGAUGAAUCACAGGAUUCUUGUUUAGAGUAUAAUUUAGGACUUUGUCAGAUUUAUGUUUGGUUUACAUCUAUACAUAGUAAUGACAAGACUGUAGCUAGAUUGAAUAAAAAUUAUUGCACGUCUGUCAUUAAAUAUUUAAAUAAGAAACUUGAAAAUUGGUCGAGUGUAAAUAAUACUGUAUUACCAUUGUUGACUAAAGUUUUAAGAACGUUGUUUCUAAAAGCAAGUAAAAUUUGGUACAAGAAUCACCUUGAUCUGAAUGAAACUCUGCAAUCUGUUGUAAAUGCAUGUUGUAAUCAAUCAAAGGACAUGCAGUUACAAUUAUUUUCUCUCAUUAGUGAUAUCAUGUUAGACCAUACUUUACAUGAACUGCAUAGGGAAAGUGCAUUUAAGGAUUUCAUCUCGACAUUGCCAAAUCUUCUUUUAAAGCCGAAAAUACAUGAAAAUACGGUACAAAUAAUAAAUAAAAUUGUACUGCGGUACAGAGAUUGGAUUCAACAAGAACUUGUCGCCAAUCAAAAUGAUAUUAUAGAAAAUGCUAAAAAAAUUCAAAUUAUGGGAUCUGAUGAUGAAAAUCAAUCCCGUCUGAUGAUAUGUAAUUUAUUUUAUUUUUUAGACGGUCAAAUUUUCUAUUAAGUAAAAAAUACCCGUUUCAAAAUAAAUAUAUGUAUUUUACAUACAAAUUUUUUUUUAUUAAAACUCGGUAUAAGAGAUAA